UAUCUAGGUAUCCCCAUCAAGACAGGAGGAUUCUUAGAUGCAACUCAACUCAUACAAAAUAAUACUAAUAAAGUCCUACAAACAAUGAACCAAAUGGCAUUUAUUGGGGUUAAUCCCAAGGGAUUUAAUCGUUUAUUCGCUACUCGCUUCUAUACGCAGAUAGUCCGACCACAACUCGAAUAG